AGUAAUACCCCUCCUGUGUUCACUCUUCUCUCUACUGCAGUCGCUGUCAAGAAUAUCUUGUUCUAAAUUUAUGUGUUAAUGAACAGGCUUGUUUUCAAUUGCGUUUAUGGUUGCAGAGUUUAUGACUGUAGCCAAAAGACAAGUAUUUAAUGCCUGAUGUCUAUGCAAAAAGGAGUAUAAUCUUUUUAAUUGUAAUUUUUCAUUGUUAAUUGUUUUCAGCUGUCCCACGAAAGGUAAAAAGUAACAGUACCUGUUUGUGAUGGCCCUCUGAUGCUCCUCAGAACUUCUCGUCCCUCUAGUUCUAGGCAGUUCUGUGGUGACUGGGUCAUGUUUUUGAAACUGAAUUGUUGAGCCUUAAAGGUGAAUGGGCAAUUUAUGAAUGAAGGAGUGUGAAUAACAAUGAGGAGGAAAGGUGCUGACUGGCUGGAAGAGUAUUUUUUAAGAGUUCAGUGGAGUAACUAGCAACAGUGUACAUAGAGACCCUGAAUGGCAAAUGGGAAGAUUGUGGUGUGUCUUUUCAGAGCUAGAAAUGCUUUACUGGAUGUGUAAGGAGCUGAGCCUUGUGCUGCUCAUCCCAAGUUUAGGAUCCACUCCCAGAAACUGACAAGUGCUGGACAGGAAAGUUCAGAAAACUCCUCUUGUAGGUGUCCCCUCUCCCCACGUGUGCUAAAGGCGCCCGGCAAUGGGCAGUGGGUGAAGUUUGCUGCUGUAUCUCCAAGUGUGCCAGGAGUUUUCAGUUCCCCAUCCCUCCUGAGUUCUGCAUUUCCUCACUACAGGAAGCUGCUUUGCUAAGGACCAGCUUAUGUUGAUCUAUCAUGGCAUCCAACAAAUUUGUCAUUAAGUGUGGGAACUUCGCUGUCUUGGUGGAUGUUCAUAUUUUGCCUCAAGGUUCCAGUAAAGACACCAGCUGGUUUUCAGAUCAUGAGAAAGAGGAGGUCUGCAAGCUGCUAGAAGAAGUUGUUGCCUCAAGGGUCAAACACUAUUUGGAGGCACCUAAACAACGUGGUCAGUGGAAAUCCACAGAACAUGGAUCAUCUGGGCCUUUGUUUCUUACCGCCAACAGUUUGCACAUUACUGCCUACUUUAUGAAGAGAUGGGUUAAUCUCCGUUGUGCUCUAGGGAAACGUUAUCGUGACCUUCGUGUGUUUCCAGAGAAAUUUAUCGUGUGUGUCAGUAAACUUGACUUUGAUCCAAGUGCUUGGAUAUGUGACAGUGGUGGAUUGCAGAAAGAAGAACUUUCCAAUGGGACGUCUGAAUAUUUUACUGAAUCAGCUGAGAACAAGAAGCUUAAGAUUAGUCUGAGUGAGCAAAUUAAGCAAGACAUCCUGAGAAAAAUUGUGAAGAGGACAAAACCAAGGAGAAGUAGUGCAAGCAAACCUCAAAUCAGCAAGGACUCCAAGAAAGUGUAUCUUGGCUCGGCAGACUCGCAGACAGAGAACAGAAAGAACGACUGUCAGACUUUUCUUAGUGCUCGGUCUGAUGUGAAACGUAGGAGUCCAGGCCUGCUGAAGGACUGCACAAACACAGCUGAGAGCAGCUUGGAGCUUCCUGUAUUAGAGCAGAGAAAUGAUGUUAAUCAGAGACAGCUAGAUGAUGUUCACAGCCAGCAAAAACCUCACCCUCUGGAGUGGUUGGAGGCGAGUCUUCUAAGUGAGAACCCUCCUUGCAGCUCUGAGUCAGCACUGCCAGCUCCAAAACAAAGUCAGAGAGUGACCAAAACACAGGCUCAGCUGAAGACCUGUGGUUCAGAGGAAAAGUUGGAGCAUUUCACAAAAGUGUCCUCUAAAGGGACUCCUUUAGCUUCUAUCAAUACAGAAAUGAAUAAGUGUGAUGAUAAUUGUUUGGGUCCAUUCCUGGAGGAGAAGAUGCCUCUUAAUUCCAGGUUGUUUUCAAAGCAAGACAUGACAAAGACUGUGGUUGACAAGAAAUCAUUGACUUUGAGAAAAAACCCUUCCUGGUCUCUUUUUGUGAGCAACAGUGGAGUGCAGACAAGCCAAGAUGAGCCAAGCACAGCCACUGAAGAGCUGCCUGCAGUGCCAACUUCAUGUGUAGAAAUGCACCCCAUGUCUUCAGAGAAGCUUUCCCAAAAAAGAAAAAAAGAAGUGGAAAAUGGUCUCGGGAAGUUAAAACUGCGAAGACUGGAGAAGUCAAAAUCUGAAAUACUGCCUUAAUAGCAAGGGUGGUCAGCCAAGUUUGUGUGUAAGCAAAGAGUAGGAAGCAAUUCAAAAUGAUGAAAAAUAAUAAAAAUACGAAAUCAAAAUUAGAGAACACAUUUUAAGAAAAUUUAGUUAAUAUUAGUCAUUUGGUACUGUGAUAAAGGUCAUUCUUUUAAGUCUUUAAUAAUUAGUCCUUAUUAUUGCACAAGUCAGCAUCAUAUUUAUAGAAAGAAAAAUCUCUUAUAAAAUGAUAUUUACUAAGCAAAAUUUUAGAUUAAUACAUAUUCAGUGCUAGUAAAAAGUCGUAUCAGCUGGUGACAGCAGAAGUUCAAACCCCUUGUGUGAUCUGUUAGCAGCUGCAGUUAUUUGGUAUCUUGUUUGUUUCUGAACAUAUAGUUUACUUUAGUGAUAAUUAACCCUUUCUCUAUAUUAGAAAGUUCACAGUUUACUCACAUGAUCUUUACAACAAUAAAGCAAAUUAAAUUGAUUUCAAAGAACUCUUUAACCAGGAUUACUAGCUGAUGAUUUGAGGCCCACUUUUUCAGAGAAGUUUCAAAAUAACUGUUGUUUCUGCUUGUGUAGUUUUGAUAUGAACAUUUAAUUCUGGCCCAUGUUGUGAAUACGAGUUAUCAUGCAUUCAGUCUUGGGGAAAAAUGAAGGUUGUUUUUAUAUAUUUAGAUUUAUAUAUUUACACCUGGAUGUGCAAACAUUGUUCUUGGGUGAAGUUCCUAUAUAAACAUGUAUACACGUCUUCAUGGAUAUGUGUUUCAAAAUCAGGCCUUGCUUACAUGCAAGGGCAACACACUGAUUUUCAUGUGGUAGUAAUGCCAGAAUUAAAUCUUAUUUUAAGAUAAAUUUUAAUUUCACAGUGCUUGUACAUACUGCUUCUUAAAUUUAGUGCUAAUGAGCUAAGGAAAUGUACCUUUUUUAUUCCAUGCUUAUCUUUUUUAAAUGUGUAAAAUAAAUUUAUAAGCCGUUUUCUUUCAUCAUUUUUAA